AUGGGGAUCAGCAUGAGCCGCGACCGGUACGAUGCCCACGCCGGCCGGACGCUGCCGCUGUUGGCAUUCCUGAUGCUGCUCAAGUAUGGCCCCGCCGGCGCAGCCCGCCCGCCCGUAACGGCCGCGCUGAUCGCCGCCAACGCGCUGGUGUACUUCCGCCCGGGCGACCUCGACGCGCUCCUACCCCGGCUCCGGCAAGUCACGUUCAACCCGCACCUCAUCAUCAAGUACGGCGACCUGAGGCGUUUCUUCCUAUCAGCUUUCUACCACACGAGUGAAGCUCAAUUCUUCAUGAACAUGACAUCCCUCUUGCGGACAGGCGCAGAGCUUGAAGCAUCCAUGGGCAGUUCUGAGUUUGCUUCCAUGGUGGUUUCCUUGGUUGGCCUUUCUCAGGGCUUCACACUGCUCUUAUCUAAAGGCUUGCUCUCCCUCGGCAACCAUGUGCCGUAUUAUCACUUUUCAGCUGGAUUCUCUGGGGUGGUGCUUGGCAUGAAUGUUGUGCUGAAUGCCCGGGCAGGCGAUGUUGUCUGGUUUGGGGUGGCCAUUCCUACAAAGUAUGUGGCAUGGCUUGAACUACUACUUGUCCAGGCUUUGAAUCCGGAGGCACACCUGGUUGGCAAUGUCGGUGGGAUUCUUGCUGGCCUGGCCUACCUUGUGCUGAGGCGCGGUACAGAACCGCUCGAUCUUAUGUUUUCAGGCAUUGCAGACAUUGUGAGUCAGCCAGUGCGAUUUGCUGGGAGACUUCUAAGGUCUGCAGCAGCCCAUCGUCCCAGGAGAAGUGUCCAGGGCCAUGUUGCAUCACUGCCAAGAGAGACUGGGAGAAGUGUCCAGGGCCAUGUUGCGUCACUGCCAAGAGAGACUGUUCAAGGUAUGUGGGGAUGCACAACCUGCUCUUACGACAACUCGCGCUGUGCAGAUGUCUGUGAGAUGUGCAGCACUCCGCACCAGGACCGUGGCUUUUCCCGCAGACGGCAUCUCCAGGAAGGUGGAAACAGGGAGCUCUCAGUUGAGGAACUCUCAGUUGAGGAGAUCCGCCGUAGAAGGCUCCAAAGAUUCGAAAAAUGAUGUUGAUAUCAUUGCUACCAGCGCUCUAAUGUUGAAAUAGUCUGUAGGGAAACUGACGUUCGCCCCUUUUUGUGCUUAGUGAAGAGAUUUUUCUUUCUACCAGUAAUGAUGGAGCAAUGUCCAAAGUAGUUUGUAGGGAACUGCCAAAUGCAAUGUCCAAGUAAUUUGUAGCGAAACUGGCUUUUGCCCGUUCUGUGGUAGAUGGUUCAGACUUUAUUC